AUGGGUUGGUUCGGCGAUGACUCCGACGAGGCUCAAGCCUAUAAGAAAAUCACGCAACGGCCUGAUAGGGCCGAAGUGUCGCACACGCUACUUGGCGAUGCCGCUGCCUAUGAAGCUGGCAAGGCGUAUGAGGAUCACGUCGCCGCAAACGGCCACCCUGACGAGUACUCCCAGGCUAAAGAGAUAGUCCUCGGCGCCAUUGGCGCUUUUGUCGACCGCGAGGUUGAGACGCAGGGUCUAGAUCACAUUGACCGUGAGCGGGCCAAGCAUCUUGCCCGGGGCCCAGCUCUGGAAGAGCUCAACAGCCGGUAUGGCGAUCGGUGGUAA